AUGGCUGAAAAUGAAUUUUACAUUCAUUCAUACUUAGAAUUUUCGGAAUCAAGAGAGUAUGUCUUUAAAGAUUUAAGCUCUGUUAUCAUUUCGGGUGAAUAUGGUGCGACAGGACUUGCUAAAAGGAGGUUGGAAAACGAAGACAUUUUAAAGGAUUAUCAUGUGGUUGUGGAUAAAGACAAGUUUAAAAAAUUCGAAGAGCAUCUUAAUUUAAUUAGGGGCGAACUUCUUUCCAUAAUAAAUGAAUGUAAUUGUGAAAGUGAAAAUAAUCAACAAUUAGUUCUACGAAGAGAUGCUGAAAGGAAUUUAAGUAAUACCGAAAGAAGUUUAACUAGUGUUAGAACAGAAAGAGAUAGUUUGCAAAUAGAAAAAAGGAGUUUAGAGAGAGAAAAUUCCCGUUUAGGGGAUUUAAUAAGAGCAGGCGAAAGAGCAUUAGACAGAAAAGAUGACCAAAUAAGGGAAAGAGACAGACAAAUAACUACCUACAGCACCCAAUUAACUACGACACAAAACCAAUUGACAACAACCCGAAAUGACUUAGUUGCCAAACGAAACCAAUACGAUGAAUUAAAUGCAAGAUUCACAACUCUACAAAUUACUAUUAAUAACAAAGAUAAUGAAAUCAGUUCAUUAAGAGAAGAGUUAGAAGGUUCACAAAAUAUUGAUCUUCGUUAUCGAGAAAGAAAAUUGGAUGAAUUAGUUCGUAAUUCCGGGUUAAAUCGAGUUAGAGUUAUAAAUUUGCGUGAUGCUUAUGAAAGCUUGAUGCGAGCACAGGAAGAUUAUAAUCUAAAUAAUAUCACUAAUGCUAAUAAUGAGAUUGAAACUAUUAAAGCAGAAUUUUUUCAAACCAAUGUUAACGUAAAUGAUUUACACAAGAUUUACAAAAUUUGUGAAAAAAUCGCUGAGUUAAAAGUGAAAAAAGAAAGAUUACACGAACAACAAUACCAAGCUCAUCAAGAACAACCAAUUAAUAAUUAA